ACUUUCAGACCAUCCCUGGACGUCUGUUAAAUCAUGGCCGUCCCUUGGCAUGGUAGACCAUAUGGGACUUCUGGGGUAGUUUUCGCUGUCUUUUCUGAUAAAUUCAUGCGACGCGAACAGUUUGAGAAGCUAGGCUGUAACGAACAUUUUUGACUCAUCUUACUGCAGAUAUGGGUUAGCUGUUGUGGGUUGGGUGCAGCGUUUUAAAAUAAGUACUUUGUUGCGACCGGCCGUCGUUAUUCACACAGAGAAAUGUACAGUUCAACAUCCGGCAACGGACUCCGGCGGUCGGAGGAGUGCUCUGGUACCACGAGUAACCUUUUGGUCCGACACAAGCUUAAACCCACCAGGAGACAUGACGCUGAGACUAACUUUAGCCUGCCAAGUUUGGCAAGCGAAGAGGACGGUGAAGUCCACUUUGACACUUCUGACACAGAUAACAACCGUGAGGUGUUAAUGGCUGGUAGACAUUACCCGUCCAUCCAAGAGUUUGCCUCAGCAAUCCCCAACCACCUUCUCCUGGGUUCUCUGCUGGAGCACCUAUGUUUCGUCUACGAGAGUAAUCCAGCACGUUCACAUAUGCUGUUUAAAGUCAUCGGACAGCGUUUAGCAGCCAUGAACCUCCUCUCACCCUUGGCCAUAAGUGAUGAGUUCAGUACUGUCAGACUCCAGCACAACCGGGCCUUCACUGAGCUGCUUAAUGCUGCCAGCUCCUCGUUAUACCCACAGGGUCUUGGCUCAAACACACACAAUCCUCCUGUAAGACCUAAUGAGGGACUAUUUGAAGCGCAGACAUCACGGUAUCUUAGUGAGUUCGAAGAAAUCUGCAGACUUGGGAAAGGAUCGUAUGGAAAUGUUUAUAAGGUUAUGAACAAACUUGACGGACAAUGUUAUGCUGUGAAGAAAAUUCUCAUCAAAAAAGUCUCAAAGGAGGACUGUAUGAAGGUCCUCAGAGAAGUCAAAGUGUUGUCCAGCUUGCAGCAUGUAAAUGUUGUGGGCUAUCACACUGCAUGGAUGGAACAUGUUCAGCCUGCGGCAUAUCCUCAAUCUCACCUGCCUGCAUUGGAAUCACCGGGACAACAAGACAGUUCUGAUGAGAGCCCUGACAGCAGCAACACCAGCUCCUCUAUAGUUUUCCAGAGCCUCAGCCAGGCAUCAGCAGAUGCAGCUGCAAGAGAGACCCAGUCUGUCAAAGCUUUAGUUCCAACCCAAAUGAAGGGCCAGGUGGUGUGUCCCAAGACGAUGCGCUGCAUCCCUGAGAACUACGUCCCCUGUGUGUUCUUGGGAAAGCAAGGUCCAAUGAAAAGCUCCAGAUGUCCUGCCAUGGUUUGGGACAGCUCAGCACUCUUAGAGGAGGAGUCCAGCAGGAGUAGCAUCGAGCUGAACAACAACUCCUGCAUUGACAAGGAGUGUCAACAGUGGGCUGACAAAUGCAUAGCAAAGCCUUCUAAAGAGGUACAGUUCCAGCUGAUGCUCUACAUCCAAAUGCAGCUGUGUGAGCGCUCAAUGAAAGACUGGAUCUCUGAGAGAAACGCCAAACCCAAAGAACAAACCUCAAGAUGUCCUUAUGGAUGUGUUGAUACUGAACACACUGUCAGCCUGUUGAGGAACAUACUUGAAGGGGUGGAGUACAUUCACUCCAGGGGAAUAAUGCACAGAGACCUGAAGCCGAGGAACAUUUUCCUCCAUGCUCAUGACUGCCAUGUUCGGAUUGGGGACUUUGGCUUGGCCUGUAGGGAUAUAAUAGUGGAUGGACAUAAAAGCACCACGUCUCCCAUCAGUGAUUCCUCACAUACUAUGGGUGUUGGUACAUUUGUGUAUGCCGCACCAGAACAAUUGAAGGGCUCCCAUUAUGAUUCAAAGUCAGACAUGUAUAGCAUCGGAGUGCUGGCUCUCGAGCUGUUCCAGCCCUUUGGGACGGAGAUGGAGCGGAUCCGGACCCUUGAAGACAUGAGAGAGGGGAAAAUCCCAGACUCGUUCUGCCACAGAUGGCCAGUCCUGACUAAGUACAUCAUGAAGCUAACGAGUAAAGAGCCUAGUGUUCGGCCCACGGCCAGCCAGCUUCUACAGAGUGAACUUUUCUGCAGUAAGGACAUGGUGAUCCAUGGUUUGCAGAGAAGGGUUGAGGAGCAGGAGGAAGAGAUCAUGCAGCUGAAGAGACAGAUCAGUUCGCUUCAGAUCUCACGAACCACAGUUCAGUUCUCUGAGUCAGACAAAACCUGAGCCUUUAAAAUUUCACAAUCCACAGACUGUCAAAACUUGAUUUAUUCAACCACUGCUGUAUUAUGUUUUGGUGACUUGAUACAAGUGUUUGUGUGUGUGUGUGUGUGUGUGUGUGUGUGUGUG